AUGCAUAUUAUAGCUGCUAUCGGAUCAGAGAUACGGAUAGGGGUCAACCGGGUAACCAAUCCCGGUGGCUGGAUGACUCCUUCACCCUUAGAUCGCAAGACUAAGGCAAACGAGGCGGAACCUCGGUGGCGUGAUAGGCUGGUUCUCACCAGGGUCAGUCCUAUCACAAAAUUGGAGUUUCUAACCUCACUCUGCUUGGUAAGGCAGAGCCCUAUGGAUCCAGAAUGGAGCAACUGGGGUGACGCGGAAGCCACCCGGGUGGGGCUGGUAAGAUAUGAUAUCAAGCGGUCUAGAAUAGAAUCGAAAGCUCAAAAGGGAAGUGAAGGAUCAGUUCCUCCCAUGCAAUGUGGCAUGGCUCGCUCGUAUCGGAUCGACGAAGACCCGACAGCUGUUCACAGUAAGAAGUUGGCUUCUUCUAUUGGAAUGAAAGGCGGUAACGUCCUAGAGAAGGAACUCCGAGUGAAGAAGAAGCUGUUACAGAAGCCACAGCUAGUUUUCUUUAAGCAGAAAAAGGCCAGCCAGUUUUUGCUGUUGUCAGGUUUGAAAGAACCGCAGCGAUUGGCGACGAAAAGGCGAAACUCCCAGCUCUCCGUAAACAGCCCUUAUACCCGCCCUAAACUCAAUAUCAACAAAAGAAAGAAGAAUAAAAUGACACUAGCUAAGCGGGAAGAGCUAGCCUUAAGCCUUAGUGAAAGGGGUUAA